AUGAACUCAUCCGCAUCACUACGAGACUCAUUCAACUCGCUGGGUUGGAGCCGUCGCAAUGACGAGCCCAUCAGCACCGCGCCCCAACAAGGGGGAUUCAUGUCUACGAUUGGGAACCUGAACCCCUUUCGCGACUCCGGAUAUGUCAGCCUUCCCACGAACGAAGGUCCCGGUGCCCCCCUUCCUGCUCCUAGUCGACGAGAAGAGGAAGAAGGCUGGUUUGCUCUAAGCCGAUGGGACCGGUUGAUGAUCUUUGGCGCCUGCAACCUUGCCGCCGCUGCCUGCUUCGUCAUAUGUUUCACCUUGUUCCCGGUUCUCUCCCUGAGACCCAGAAAAUUCGUGAUACUGUGGACCGUCGGUUCAGCCAUGUUCUUGGCUUCGUUCGCUGCCGUUAUGGGGCCCAUGAACUACGCCUAUCACCUCUUCUCGGUGCCCAGGCUGCCCUUUACCACGGCGUACUUUGGGUCUAUCGCCAUGACGCUGGUGUUUGCUGUCAAGCUUCACAGCACCAUCCUCACCUUGCUAUCUGCCCUGGUCCAGAUUGCCUGCCUGUCUUGGUACCUCGUCAGCUACUUUCCCAUGGGUACAGCUGGUCUCCGUCUCGCAACGUCGUUCGGUGCCAGACAGGCGACAUCUUGGAUGAGCGGCUAA